UCUUGACUCUUCUGAGUUGUAUGUAUAUGUAUACACAUUAUACACCCGGUUUCACUUUAUAUAUAUCUCUUGAGUCUGAGCACAAGCCCUCACUCUUUAAUUAACAUGGUUCAACUUCAUCUCCACCAGCAGCCCCACAGCCAAACCAUGCUACAAAAGAGACCAAUGUUCUUCAUCAAUGACCACAUUGACAUUCUCAUUGAGAUCCUCAAACGACUCGACGGUCGCUCCCUUUGCGUCGCUGCAUGUGUGUGUCGUCUCUGGUGCAACAUUGCUCGCAACGAUUCACUUUGGGAGGAACUCUGCUUCCGCCACGUCUCGUCUCCUCCUCCUUCUCGUGUACGCCCCGUUGUGGUGGCUCUCGGUGGCUAUAAAAGGCUGUACAUGGUUUGUUUAAGGCCCGUACUCAGUCGACUGGCGGAGCAGACUCGUCAGCGGCGCAUGAAGAGCGUAAUGUGGAGCCUUGAGGAAGUGCAACUCUCGCUUUCUUUGUUUUGUGUCGAUUAUUAUGAGAGACUGGGUGUUGAUGACAGAAUCGACGAAUGUGACCCCUCCACGUCAUCACUCAUGUUCUUGUGCAAGCCCGUGAACGUCUGAUUAUAUUUUUUACUAAUGAGUAGAAGAAGAACACAUUAAUUAAAUCCACCUACAAAAAUAAAUAGAAAUUCUUUUUGCUGUUA